AUGUUCAAGCUUCUGGCUCUUCCCCUGUUCUUCGCCGCCGUCUCGGCUGGAUACCUCGGCGCCCCGCUGGCCUACUCUGCCCCGGCUUACGCUCAUGCCCCGCUGGCCGCUGCCUACCACGCCCCGCUCGCCUACCACGCACCAGUCGUCAAGACCGUCGCUGCCCCAGUUGCCUACGCCGCCCCGGCCUACCAUGCUGCCCCGUACGUUAAGGCUGUUGCCCCGGUUGCCACCAGCUACGCCAACACCUACAAGGUCUCCGUGAAGGCCCCAGUUGCCUACGCCGCCCCAGCCGUCGUGUCGCACGCCCCGGUCGCUUACGCCGCCCCGGCCUACGCUGCCCCGGCUUACGCUCACCACGCCCCUCUGGCCUACGCUCACGGAUACUACCACUAA